CCGAAUCAGAGAUCCAUAGCAUUUCCGAUUGAUCGCUUACAGUGACAGAAUCCAGUUCCCUCACUUCCUCCUCAAUCCAUUGCACUUUUACAUUACUCUUUCCCAGGAAUCCCCUUUUCAGGUGGAAUAGAAGUACUCGGAAUCCAUUUCUUCAAAAAGGGUCUUCUAAUCCAUCAGUUGGGAAAGCGAAAAGUUGCGAUCUUGUCUUCUUCCUGGUUUGCUUCGUUGUCUGACUGUGAUCGGAUCCAUGGAGUUAUGCUCUCCUUUGACCGUCAGAUAGCAAACUAGUUCGCCACUCACCAGGCUGCUUAGCGGAUUAAACGAGAGUUUAGUGGCUUCGUGGAUACUGUAAUGCAAUCAGCUGAUGAGAGUGAGAACAAGAAGUUGAAGCGAUCAAACGAUAUGCCUGUAACUGAGAGUACCAAUCCACAAAACAUGGACCACUCUAUCUUCUUUCCGGUGGAAGAGAUUGUUCAAUCGCCUUUGCCUGGAUAUGUUGCACCAAGCGCGAUCAGCUUUAGUCCGGAUGAUUCAUUGAUAACUUUCUUGUUUAGUCCUGAUCAUUCUCUCAAUAGAAAUGUCUUUACUUUGGAUCUCAAGACUGGUAAGCAGGAAUUGCUGUUUCGUCCCCCUGAUGGCGGACUUGAUGAGAGCAGCAUUUCACCAGAAGAAAAAUUGAGAAGGGAGCGUUCGAGGGAGAGAGGUCUUGGAGUGACUCGGUAUGAGUGGGCCAAGUCUAGCUCGAAGAAGAAGAAGAUUAUGGUGCCAUUGCCUGCUGGGAUUUAUUUCCAAGAAUUUUCUUCUUCGAAGCCUCAACUGAAGCUUCCAAGCUCACCAACUUCUCCCAUCAUUGAUCCUCAUCUCUCUCCAGAUGGUUCCAUGUUAGCUUACGUUAGAGAUAGUGAGCUACAUGUUCUAAAUCUCUUGCAUAAUGAAUCUAUACAGCUAACUUCUGAUUCCAAGGGCCAUCAAGUGACUAAUGCUCUUGCAGAAUAUAUUGCCCAGGAGGAAAUGGACAGGAAAAAUGGAUACUGGUGGUCCCUUGAUAGCAAAUUCAUCGCGUUCACUCAGGUCGAUUCAUCUGAGAUACCUCUUUUUAGAAUUAUGCACCAAGGGAAAAGUGCUGUUGGUUCUUCAGAGGCAGAGGAAGACCAUGCUUAUCCCUUUGUAGGUGCUUCAAAUGUGAAAGUUCGUCUUGGGGUAGUUUCUGUUGCUGGUGGUCCCAUCACUUGGAUGGAUCUUCUAUGCGGUGGAACAGAUAAUGAGGAAUAUUUGGCCAGGGUGAAUUGGAUGCAUGGAAAUGUUCUCGUAGCUCAGGUUUUGAACAGGUCACACACAAAACUAAAGAUCCUGAAGUUUGAAAUCAGGACAGGGAAAAGAGAAGUGAUUUUUGUGGAAGAACAAGAACCCUGGAUCAAUUUACACGACUGCUUCACUCCCCUGGACAAGGGUCUCAAUCAAUACUCUGGAGGUUUCUUAUGGGCUAGUGAGAAAACCGGUUUCAAACACCUUUAUCUGCAUGACGAAACUGGAACAUGCUUGGGACCAAUCACAGAAGGCCAAUGGAUGGUUGAGCAACUUGCUGGUGUUGAUGAGGCUGCAGGUUUCAUAUAUUUUACAGCAACCCUAGAUAGUCCUCUGGAAUCGAAUCUUUAUCGUGCUAAAUUGUACCCGGAUCAUGGCACCAGAAUCUCAGAGGGUCCUUUGAGAUUAACCCAUGGUAAGGGGAAACAUGUGGUUGUUCUUGAUCACCAUAUGAGGAAUUUUAUUGAUGUUCACGAUUCCAUUGAUUCUCCACCUAGGGUUCUACUUUGUUCCUUGCUGGAUGGAAGUUUGAUAGCACCUCUUUAUGAACAGUCAGUCGCCAUUCCAAGAUUAAAGAAGCUUGAAUUCGAUCAUCCAGAGAUCGUUCAGAUUCAGACAAAUGACGGGACUUUAUUGUAUGGGGCUUUGUAUAAGCCUGACCCAGUGAAAUUUGGACCGCCACCAUACAGAACUGUAAUUAGUGUGUACGGUGGUCCUGGUGUGCAGUGUGUCUAUGAUUCUUGGAUAAAUACAGUUGAUAUGAGAGCACAAUACUUUCGGAGUAAAGGCAUCCUAGUGUGGAAGUUGGAUAACAGAGGAAGCGCUCGACGAGGGCUCAAGUUUGAAGGCGCUCUCAAAUGCAAUGCUGGAAAAGUUGAUGCAGACGAUCAACUAACAGGAGCUGAGUGGCUCAUCAAACAAGGGCUAGCACAAGCUGGCCAUAUCGGGUUGUAUGGAUGGAGCUAUGGAGGUUACAUGUCGGCUAUGAUCUUGGCCAGGUUUCCCGACACUUUCUGCUGCGCUGUUGCAGGUGCUCCUGUAACCUCGUGGGAUGGUUACGACACAUUUUACACAGAGAAGUACAUGGGGUUGCCUCUGGAAAACCCUAGAGCCUAUGAAUAUGGCUCGGUGAUGCAUCACGUUUACAACCUGAAAGGAAAGUUGUUGUUGGUGCAUGGGAUGAUCGAUGAGAACGUUCAUUUCAGGCACACGGCGAGGCUGGUGAAUGGGUUAAUAGAAGCAGGGAAACCUUAUGAACUGUUGAUAUUCCCGGAUGAAAGACACAUGCCGAGAAGACACAAGGACCGUGUGUACAUGGAGAAUAGAAUCUGGGAAUUCAUGGAGAGGUGUCUGUGACAUUACUUAUCGCCUGCAACCUGUUUAUAGCUGAGUGGUGUUGUAAGGUCAGUAAAGGAGUUGCUAAAUUGCUCACAUGUAUUAACAUUUCUCUCUUUGAUCAUACCUCUUACUGUUGUUGCUGCCUGAUCUGGAGUGAAUUUACUCGAUUGCUGAAGGUAGCAGACACUCAGGAACAGCUUGCAAGACCGUUCCAUGUAGUAUGUUGUUCACUGGCUUUUCUGGGUAUUUGUUUUCAAGCACCCCUUUGUUAUUGUUGACUUGUUGUACCUAUUUCAGUAUUUGGAGCAAGAAACCAAUUUUUCUUUGUGUUGUUGUGGUGCCCAAAACUCAAAAGACAACUAUGAUAGUUGCUGCAGUAAAAUUUAAUCCAAGGGU